CGCACACACACACACACACACACACACACACACACACAAAGAGAGAGAGAAAGCAGUUUAAUACAGUUUUGAGAAGACAAACUGCAAAACAUGUCUAACCAAGGGGCACGAUCGUCAUUGUCUCAAAGCCAGCUGGGUGGCGGAAGCUCAAAUUACAGAAACAAACCCACCCAGACUGUUCCUUCACCCGUACACACCACAAAUCCUCCCGUUAGCAAUGAACUGCGUCUGGUUCUGCUGGGAAAAACCGGCGCAGGGAAAAGCGCAACCGGGAACACAAUCCUGGGAGCGAAACGCUUCAAUGAUGAUCUGAGCAUGAGUUCAGUCACUAAAGAGUGUCAGAGAGAAAACACAAGCACUGAAGGACGAAACCUGCUGCUGGUGGACACACCGGGGUUCUUCGACACCGAUUUAACAGAAGAAGAGCUUCAACAUGAAGUGAUCAGCUGCUUAUCUUUGAGUUCUCCUGGUCCUCAUGUGUUUCUUCUGGUUAUACCGAUAGAGAGAUACACAGAAGAGCAGCAGCGAACCGUACAGAAGAUCCUGGAGAUGUUUAAUGAGGACAUCAGCCGAUACACCAUCCUCAUAUUCACACACGCUGACAGACUUAAUGGAGGAUCCAUUCAAGAGUUCAUUUCAGGACAAAAGCAGAAGAUCCAGGAGCUCGUGGAGAGAUUUGGAAGCCGUUUCGUGGCCUUCGACAACAAUAACCCUGAAAACCGAGAACAAGUGACACGACUCCUUCAGAAAGUGGAUGAACUGAUGAUCCAGAAUGAAAACCGUCACUUCAGCAGUGAGGUUACACAGAUGGUGCAGCAGGCUCAGAGGAUUAUAGAUGAGAGAAUGCAGAAAAUGAAGGAGGAGGUGAGGAGAAUGGCUGAUGAUCGCUGGGCUGCGUUCAUUGCAUCACUAAAUAAGGAAAAACAAGAAAUGGACAGAGAAAAGAAACGUAGACAAAACAGGAUCAAGGAGAUUGAGGCGGAUAUAAAGAAGGAGGAACAGAAAAUACAGCAGCUCAGGGUGUAUCUGUGGAAUGAGCAGAAGAACAUGGGAGGAUUUCUGGAGAGAGAAAGAAAUGAGGAGGAGGAGAGAGAUAGAAGAGAAGAACAAGAAAGGAGGAAUAUUGAGAUCUGGAUCCAGGAGGAGCAGAGGAGGCUGGGAGGAGAAGAAGGGCAGCAGAAAAACUCAGGGAAAUACAGAAAGAUUCUGGUUAUGCUCUCUCUGUUUUUGAUGGGUGUUGGAACUGGAUAUGCUCCUGCACUCUUGGCAUUUCUGUUUCCUGCGGCUCCGGUGGCUGAAGCUGGAUUGGCAGCUGAGAUUUUGGCCAACUUGUUGGGUUCAGGAGCUUUUGUAAAUGCAGGUUUUGCUUUCAAAUUCACUGGAGCCGCCAUGGCUGGUGCUGCUAGACUGGCAGCGAUGACCCAAUGCACAAUUCAGUGAUCCAUUCACAUCUGAAAACCAUGCAGAGUCCUCAUUUAAAACUCAUAAUUAUGCUCCUUUAGUUCUUUCUUAACCCUUGUGUGCUGUUGGGUGAUUUUAAUCCAGUUUGGGCUGAUUUGGGGUCUUUAUUAAGGUACAGCAUUCUCUGUGCUUCAGCAAGUGGAAUGAUUCCUGCUGACUAAUCUUAUUUUGACACAUAUUUAGGAAAAUGCUUUGAAAUUUAAAACAAAACUCAACAAUACACUGAGGGCAAAUGGACUCCCCUCUGGUUAUGUUGGUGCUGUUUUUGCCCCAUUGACAUCCAUUAUAAUCACAUUUUUUGAUUGCAAAGCCAUGACAGCAUAUAAUCAUGAAUUCUUGAUUGUUGAUGAUUUUCCCUGUUGGGAAGAGGGAGAGUUUGUCCUUUUUGCUAUUGAUUAUAUGCUGUCAUGGCUUUACAAUAAAAAAAGUCAUUAUAAUAAAAGUCAAUAGGCAAAAACAGCACCAACAGAACCAAAGGGGAGUCAAUGUGAACAAUACACAAGGGUUACUGAACAGAGUUGGGUAAAGUUACUUAAUGAACAUCUAUUUUUUUUUCUGUCAUUCAAGUUUUACAUUCAAUGUUAUCAUUUUGCAAGGAUUGUAGGCAUGUUACUUUUCAAUAAUCUCUUAAAUUGUAAUAUUACUCAAUUUUUCAAUCCAGUAUCAUUGAAAAUACUUGCAACAGCCGACAUUUACAUACAUUAUGCAUAACAUAAAAUACUUUGCUCCUGGUACAUUUUGUUACAGGUUUCAACUGACAAAUCCACUAGAGGGCGCUGUCUGAAUCUAAAAUACUUCACUUGGGUACAUUUUGUCGCACGUUUCAGAUGACAAAUCCACUAGAAGGCGCUGUCUGAAUCUAAAAUACUUCACUUGGGUACAUUUUGUCGCACGUUUCAGAUGACAAAUCCACUAGAAGGCGCUGUCUGAAUCUAAAAUACUUCAAUUGGGUACAUUUUGUCGCACGUUUCAGAUGACAAAUCCACUAGAAGGCGCUGUCUGAAUUUAAAAUACUUCAAUUGGGUACAUUUUGUCGCAUGUUUCAGAUGACAAAUCCACUAGAGGGCACUGUCUGAAUUUAAAAUACUUCACUUGGGUACAUUUUGUCGCACGUUUCAGAUGACAAAUCCACUAGAAGGCGCUGUCUGAAUUUAAAAUACUUCACUUGGGUACAUUUUGUCGCACGUUUCAGAUGACAAAUCCACUAGAAGGCGCUGUCUGAAUCUAAAAUACUUAAAUUGGGUACAUUUUGUCGCACGUUUCAGCUGACAAAUCCACUUGAGGGCGCUGUCUGAAUUUAAAAUACUUCAAUUGGGUACAUUUUGUCGCAUGUUUCAGAUGACAAAUCCACUAGAGGGCGCUGUCUGAAUUUAAAAUACUUCA